UCAAUCAAAUGCCGUGUAGAGAUCAGAACUUGAUCAGGUGAAGUUCAGAUGUGGCCAUGUGGAUCUUGCCUCCCAGCAAGACUCGAUUGUCUUUCUUCAUACUCGUAAAUCGAGAGCCGUUCCCGUGAAUUCUAAUUGCGAUUUCUCUUUCCUCUGCUAAGGGAGAUGGGGCUCUGACCAUGGUGUUGGUGACCAGGGAAGAGUUCCCUCCCCGCCAUGAUCGACACCUGUAAGCUCCAUCUCGACGCGUGUCUCAAAGCUGCAACCUCCCCUGCCAACUAGACACGUUAACGUGCUCGAUCGUCCCUUUUGCUGAACGAAGCCUGCAAAGUUUGAAUCUCACAGAGACAGACACAAAGGAAGAAAGAGAGAGCACGAUGCCAUUGCGAAGAAUCAAUUUCCAAACUCCAGGCUCCUCCAUGUUGCUCGCAACAAUGGCGUCUGUGGCCAUAGUCUUCCCUCUGCUAGGAAUGAUGGGCUUCUCCCUCUUCGCUUCCCUCACCAUCCUGCUGCUGGCCUCCCCCUUGUCGCUCCUCUUCAGCCCCGUCCUGCUCCCCGCCGCCAUUGUCCUCGCCGGUGCCGUCGUCGCCUUCUCUUUCGCCGCCCUCUUGGCGGUCGCCGGCUUGUCGGCCUUCGCGUGGAUCUACCGAUCUUUCAAGAAGAGACUCUCUUCAGCACGAUCCCCAUCGUCCGAGAAGCCGCAGAUCAAGGUGCACGAUUUCGGCAAGGGCCCGAGCAUGGUGACUGAGUCCGGCGAGGUGAAGGGACCGUCGGCGACGUUUGUGAACGGAGAGUUGCAGACUGGUAAGGUGAAACUCGGUUCCUUCUAAAGAUGGCAUAUGGCAUAGCCUUUGUUGUCUCACGGUCACUGCCGUACUCCUUUCCUUGUGUUUGUAAUGUUUGAGAGAGAGAGAGAGAGAGACUCUGUUGCCAAUGCUGAUCAGUUUUUGGUGCAAUGUAAUGCUUAAGCUUUCUUUUGCUUGAAUGAACCUAAUGAGCUUUAGUG